AUGAUUACAAUUUGUCGAAAUUAUUACCGUGAAAAUUUAACUGAAUUAGCAAAUAUUGAUGAUUUUGAUAAGACAUAUAAAUCAGUUGAUGCUAUUGUAUGGUAUACAAAAGACACAUUUGUUAAUAAAUUUAUUAAUAAAGCUCUUUGUACAGAAGAUGUUGAUGUUUUAUUUCAAUUUCGUUUUUAUAUUAUAGAUUUAAAUAUUUUAAAACUUUAUCGUGCUAUACAAUUAAGUAAAGAUGAACUGACUAAUUAUCAAAAUAGUAUUGGAAAUUUAAUAUCAAAUAAUGAAUAUUUAUCAACAGGUAGCCAACGUUCGGUUGCUUAUGAUUUUUUAACAAAAUUUACUAAACAAGAAGGUAUUAAAAUUGCUAUCGCUGAUGUUCGACAAUAUUCAGCAUUUCCUGAAGAAACUGAAUUUGUCGUUGAUAUUGGAGGAUUAUUUCAAAUCGAUUCAUAUGAAUAUAAUGCUGUUAAAGAUUUGUGGUAUAUUAAAGUUCAUGCAACUGAUCAAGGUGAUGAUUUAAUUGCUGAAUAUAUCGAAUAUCAAAAGGAAAAGAUGACUAAAUCAAAUAUUAUAUUAUUCUUUGGUAAUUUACUUAUUGAAAUGAGUGAAUAUGAUAAAGCUCAACGAUAUUUUGAUACAAUUCUUAGUUCAUCAAAUCCAAAUGAUGAAGAAAUUGCUUGUAUAUUUUAUAAUUUUGGUCGUAUACAUCGUUUUCUAGGUAAUUUUUAUCGUGCAUGUCAAUUACAUAUGAAUGCUCGACUAAAUCGUAUAGCAAGUGCUGGUAAAACAUUAAAUGGACUUGGACUUGUUUAUAUUGAACAAGGUAAUGAAAUCAAGGCUGAAGAAUGUUUUAAACGUGCUAUGCAUUUAUAUAAAAAAAGUAUACCAAGAAAACAUAUUGAAGUUGCUGGAACAUUAAUUAAUUUAGGUAACUUUGAUUGUAGUCGACAAAAUUUUGAACAAGCAAAGGAAAUUUAUGGUAAUUCUCUUCCAUUACUUUAUCCAAAUCGAGUAUUACUAAGAGUUAAUUUAGAUAAUAUUCACUUGACAGUUGGAAAUUAUCAAAUGGCUCUUGAAGAAUAUGAAGCGGCAAUAAAAUUACAAGAAACAUCAUUACCAUCUAAUCAUCCAGAUAUUGCUCGAACAUUACAUAAUUUAGCGAUUGUUCAUGCACAUCAAGGAAAUAAGAAUGAAGCAAAAAAUAUUUAG